ACCUCGGAAUGAAGACAUGGCGUGGUCUGAGUCAACGUAGCCUUCGGGCAAACACAUCAGUUCGCUGGUUAUCAACAACACCAAAAUUGGCCAAUAUCGCAUCGUUACUAAAGUCUUCUGCCGAAAGCACCGAGGAGUCUUCACCAGAGAUUGAAGUCAAUGGCUACGUACGAACUAUCAGAAAACAAAAGCGUAUAGCCUUUGCUGCGGUUGGUGAUGGCUCGUCUUUGCAACCUGUCCAGGCUGUCUUGACGCCGGAUCAAGCUUUGUCUCUAUCCACCGGCGAUGCGAUCAGACUUCGCGGUAAAUGGCAAAAGUGCCCUCCAGGUAAAGCCCAGACACAUGAGCUGCAAGUGUCAGAAGCUGCCAAACUUGGCUACAAUGACCCUACAACAAAUCCCAUCCAGAAGAAAUACCAGAGUGCGGAGUUUUUGAGGACCUUGCCACAUCUACGAUCUCGACUUCCGUUCAAUGCACUCGUACUCCACCUCCGGUCACAGGUCAUUGGCAGCAUCACAGACUUCUUCAACAAAGAGGGCUUUGUACAGACACAUCCGCCAAUCUUGACUUCCUCGGAUUGCGAAGGUGCAGGUGAAGUCUUCACGGUAUCCUCCAAUGCUUCCAAGGACAGCAUGCAAAAGUCGGACGACGGUGAAGUUGAGCACUUUUUCCGUACACCAAAGUACCUCACGGUGUCAUCUCAAUUGCACCUCGAAGCUCUAUCACAAUCUGUUGGAAAUGUGUGGACUCUAUCACCAACCUUUCGAGCCGAGAAGAGUGAUACACCUCGCCACCUCAGCGAGUUUUACAUGCUUGAAGGAGAGAUGUGCUUCGUGGACGAUGCGAAUCAAGUCAUGGAUCUUAUCGAAAAUAUGCUAUCGACCAUGGCAAAUGACUUGCAAGGCUCGCAUACAGUACAGCAGAUCCUCCAAGCCAAAGCAAGCCAAUCCUCAGAAGAGGCUGCGGAAGAAGGCGCAGUGACUGCAGAAGAGCUCUCUCGUCGUUGGCAAGGUAUGGCUCAAUCCAAUUGGCCCAGGAUUCAAUACGCCAAAGCGAUCGAAACACUCGAAGAAGCCGUCAAACAAGGCACAGUUUUCCAGUUCACGCCAUCGUGGGAGGAAGGGCUUCAGGCCGAGCAUGAACGUUUCCUAGCAGAGCACUUUGGCAAAGGCCAACCCGUGUUCAUCACCGACUACCCCAUUGAGCAAAAGCCCUUCUACAUGUCAAAGACACCAGGUAGUGACCGCACAGUCGCCUGCUUCGACCUCUUAGUCCCCGAUCUCUGCGAACUGAUAGGCGGCUCAAUGCGCGAGCACGAUCUGUCUGCCAUCCAGAAAGCCAUGCAGCAGCGCGGUAUGCUGCGUGAGCUAACGCCAGAACAACAAGCCGCUGGCGAAAGCGAAAUCCCGGAACACAAACUCUAUGAAGGCAAACAUGCAGGCUCACUCGACUGGUAUCUGGACCUUAGACGCUAUGGCAGUGUUCCUCAUGGCGGAUUUGGAUUGGGCUUUGAUAGAUUGUUGUGCUAUCUGGCUGGUGUGGGCAGUAUCAGAGAUGUAGUCGCUUUCCCACGUUGUGAAGAGAAGCAUUGCCCCGAAUUGCUCGACUCCGGAUUCUCUUCGACACCUUUUACAAAUAUCGGCGCGUCACCACUGAGGCCACCGGUUUUGCCGCAUACACUUCUCGAGACACACCCUCUUCACGGCCGUACACGUACCUAUCUCACUUCUCGACGACGCAUCCAAUCUGGAUUCACAGUCUCUCGCCCCUACGGUCGGACACAUGUCCGUGCAAGAGAAAAUGGUCCUCCAGGAGGAGGACAACGAAUACGAGUGAGCCUCUGCGAAACCCUGCGCGACAAGAACGGUCCAAUUGACGAGGAUGCCACUACAGNNCUACGAGGUCUGGCGGCCAACAUGGCAGCCGGUGCUUUCGCCGGUGUCGCCGAACACUCUGUCAUGUACCCUAUUGACUUGUUGAAGGUGCGUCGAGGGCGCGCGACGGCAUCUGACCAGGAGAGACAUGCUGACUCUGAGAUCCCCAGNACACGAAUGCAGGUCAUGAGUCCGACGCCUGCCGCCAUCUACACCGGUCUUGGAAACGCGAUCGCUACCAUUUCACGAGCCGAGGGUUAUCUGUCGUUAUGGAGGGGCUUGUCCAGUGUGAUUGUCGGCGCUGGACCUGCGCACGCCGUUUAUUUUGCUACAUACGAGGUUGUCAAGCAGCAGAUGGGCGGAAAUGCAGCAGGCCACCACCCUCUCGCAGCAGCAACCAGCGGUGCCUGCGCAACAAUUGCCAGCGAUGCCUUUAUGAACCCCUUUGAUGUUAUCAAGCAGCGCAUGCAAGUACACGGAAGUGUCUACACAUCCAUCACCCAAUGCGCACGCUCCGUCUUCCGCAACGAGGGCCUCCGCGCCUUCUACGUCUCGUACCCCACCACUCUCGCCAUGACCGUCCCCUUUACCGCUCUCCAAUUCACCGCCUACGAGUCCAUCACAAAACUCAUGCACCGCCGCGACGGCUACGACCCCUUGACCCACUGUACUGCCGGAGGUCUCGCUGGUGGUAUCGCUGCUGCCGCCACCACCCCUCUCGACGUUAUCAAGACUCUGUUGCAAACUAGAGGUAGCUCUACCGAUGCUGAGAUCAGAGGCGCCAAGGGCUUGUUCGACGCAGCUGGUAUCAUUGCGAGAAGAGAUGGCGCAAAGGGUUUCUUCAGGGGUAUGAAGGCCAGAGUUGUCACUGCUGCACCUAGCACUGCUAUCUGCUGGUAUGUUUUGUUCCCGCGUCCGACAUGUUGCACUCUGACACCUACUAACCUGCCUGUAACAGGNUCUGCCUACGAGGUCGCCAAGGCAUACUUCAUUCGUGCCGAGGAAGCCAAA